AUGGAAACAAGUCAAUCAAUUGUGAGUCUGGAGGUACCCAUUGUUGGCAAUGCACAUGAAGUUUUCUCCACUGUCACUGCUACUACUGCUUACUCUCCAAUACAAACUGAUGAAGGCCCGAGUACUAUGUUUGAGACAGGCGGCUCAUCAUCCAUUCUAGAAUAUUCUCCCACCAGACCUUCAUUAGAUGAAGCUUUAAUAAGACUGGCUAAACACCUAGCUCAACACAGCCCAACCUCUUCUCGUGGCAAAGGAAUAUCAUUUAGAGAGGAGCACACAGGUGAUGAUAAAUCUUCUUCAUCUGAUCUUCAAGAAGAAAUUGGAGUGCUUCGACAGGAACUCAUUGAGAAGACCAUUCAGAUGGAUCAAAUCACUUCUUACAUUGAACAACUCAGAGCAAAGGAUGAAGAGAAGACAAAACAGAUUAAAGAUCUACAGACGAAUCUUGGUUCAGUGAGUGCUAGCUACUGCAAUCUAAAGAACGUUUUGUAUAACGCAUUUGGUGAAAAAAGUCAAAGCCCUUUUUCAACAACCACACGGAAUCGAUGA